GGGUAAAGUAUAACAAAGGAUUUAUUUAAUAUGCUUGUGUGGUUGCCGUGAGUGUAAAUAGAAUUUCUCUUUGAAAGGGGGUUUCAGUCUGCUCAAUGCAUUGCAGCAAACAUCCAAAUCAUUCUCAAUCUCACCGGUAUGGCGAUUAGGGUUUUUAGAUCCCUUCUCGGCUCAAGAUCCAAUUUAUCUGACCCUGAUCUUCUUCGACACUUCUCUGCAAAACCAAGAGGCCCAAAUGUGAAAUCUCAAAUCCAAUUUCCCCUAGACUUCACGCAAAAAUAUCUCCAAAGGAAUAUAAUUUCAGUUUCUAAUCUACUGAAAAGGUACGGCUUUCCACUGUCUGAACUUCAUGAUUUCCUGUCAAAGAAUCGAUCUUUGCUGAACUCUGACCCCUCCAGAAUCGAAAAAUCUAUUAAAAUUUUGUUUUCUCUGGGGCGCUCUCAAGAGUUCCUUACUUCUGUAAUUUCUAGCUGCCCUAAGGUGCUGGAGUACGAAUAUAUGAAGAAAUGGGAAACGGAAAUUUCUGGAAUUGAGGGUUUUAAUCUUUCUGCAUUGGCUAUUAAGAAUGUUCUCGAAGUGUGUUUGAAGUUUGAAUUAGAACCAGAUGAUGUUUUGGCUUGUUUGAAGUCUUUGCAGGCUUUAGGGUUGAGUGAGGGUACCAUGGUUAGGGUUUUCGAAGAAUUCCCUACAGUAGUAUUGUCUAGUCCGGAUAGAAUUCAGUGUAAAACUGAAUUCUUGAUGACUAGCAUUGGCUUAGUAAAGACUGAGUUAGGUCGUAUUCUAGGGUCAUACCCAGGUGUAUUAGCAUUUGGGGUUGAGAAUAGGCUUAAACCGUUGCUUAACGAAUUUAAAAGCCUUGAUUUUGGUUUAGAUGUAGUACGGUUGGAGGUUCUGAGAGAUUCAAGAAUCCUUGGUUUGGAAGUUGGUGAACUUUCUCAUUGCUUGAAACUGCUAAGAAGUUUAAAGUGUAGGGAGUCCAUUAAAGAGGAUAUUUUCCGAGACGGAGCAUUCAGGGCUGGAUACCAAGUGAAGCUGAGAGUUGAUUGCCUGCACAAAUACGGUUUAACACACAGAGAUGCAUACAGUGUGAUAUGGAAAGAGCCAAGAACAGUUUUAUAUGAUGUAGAGGAAAUUGAGAGGAAAAUACAUUUCUUAGUGCAGACAAUGAAAUUUGAUGUCGAGAGCAUAGCUGACGUUCCAGAAUAUUUGGGGGUGAAUUUUGAGAAACAGAUUGCUCCUAGGUUUCAGGUUAUUGAGCAUUUGAGAUCAAUAGGUGGGCUUGGUGAUGAGGUGGGGCUGAAGGCCUUGAUUAGACCUAGUAGAUUGAAGUUUUACAAUCUCUAUGUCAAGCCUUAUCCAGAGUGUGAAAGUAUAUAUGGGAGAGUUGCUAGAGACGUUAGAGGCAAGCUGGGACACCCUUCUGGGUUAUGGAAGCUUUUCAAACCGCUGCCAUAUCAGCAAUCUGAAGAAGAUGAUAUGAACAUUAAAUCUUAUAUGGAGUCACUAGAAACAGUAGCAUGAGCUCUUUCCUCAAAUAGAAAAUACUAGGGGUGUUCGUUGGUUCGGCAUGAUUAUAAGAUUAAUGAAAGCAUACUUGCGGAGGACUUGAGGAGUGGCUUUUGCUCUGAAUAUGAAAAAUCGUCAAACGUAGCAUUUCAUUAUGCACGUAGGAGGCACACAAGAUCAAAGAAUCACUUUAAGGAACAUCUACAUCGUAUAUCCUCAAAUCAUCUGAAACUUUUGCUCUCAAACCUAUCAGAUGUUAAAUGAACGUUUAUUUAUGUUACAUGUUAUUGAUUAAAUACUUCUGCUUAAUUACUUUGGGCUGAUGUAGUUGGUAAAAACAACACUUGGACUGUUUUUUCUUGAUAAGCAGUUUGGCAUCAAGGUCGGGUUUCCUGUCCAGUGGUUGAGCUUACAACAGUUGUCCUGUAGUAAAAAAUCACUGCAGUGUAGCAUGCAUGAUUUGAAAUGGCAGCUGAAUGUGUAAAUUUUUUGAAAAGGAAAAAGCGGUUGGUACUUGGUAAGGCCCUUCGGUAUCGUUUUGCUUUUUGGUGUGGAUUCAUUUUGGCCUUUGUCUUUCCUCAAAACAAAUAAUCACUUUCGUAUGUAAACAAAUACUAGUAUAAUUUUCUAAGAGAUAAGACCAUGUAGCACAAGUACUUGACUAGGGUAUUGUUUCGGCGUAUCGGAAAUGUUCCCGUAUCAGAUAUUAACAAUUUCCCACUUUUUUUGAUAGUUAUUUUUAGAAAUUCUAGUACAUGCAUCAACUUUUUUUUUAUAUAACAAAACGCCUAAAAAAUAAAUCAUAAAAAUCUUAACAACUUUGAUUAGAGUAUUGUUUUCUAUCUUCAUUGAGCAUCUUUUUUAAAUACACCCCCAUAAUUUAAUAUUUAUAAAUAUACUCCCAUAACUUUUAAUAUUUAUAAAUAUACUCUCGUAUCAGUAUUUUUUCUUUUUUCCGUAUCCCUGUACCUAUUCUACGUUUUCGCAUUUUUGCGUUCCUCUAUUGGUGCUACAUAGAAUAAGACGAAAACAUAUUCAUGUUCAAAAAAGUGGAUUACAUAUUUUUAUUUUACUUAAAUAGGCGGGGGUAGUCAUGGACCCGGCCCGGGACCGGACCGGCCCGCUACUGUGUGGGCCCAGAACUGGCCUGGUUCUCGGGUCCGGGUCCGGUUCGGGCACCGAACCGGUGGGGGUGGCGGGUCCGGGCUCGGGGCUAUGUUUUGGCGACCCAGCCCGGCCGGGUCGGGCCCGGGUCCGGGCCUAACGGUCACAAUUUAUUUUUUUUUUCUUUUCUUUUUAAAACACCCUUUUGGGCUGUUGACCCACUUCCCAAACGACUAUAUAGCCGUUGGGUGGGUACCGGGGGCGCCAGGGCUUUUGGGGGGUGGGGGUUAAAAAAAACCUAUAAAUAUUCCUAAUUUUAAACAUUUUUUCACACCUCUUCUCCAACUCUUCCUAAAUCCUACAUUCCUACUCUCUCUCUCUACUCAUCUCCAUAUUCAUCUUCUCAAAUUCUCUUAUUCUCCAUUAUAUUUUAUUUUACUAUUUAAUACUUAUACAAUUAUUAUAUCUACUUAUAUACGAAGUAUUAAUUAUCUACUUAUAAAUACAUAUACUAUAUUACUUAUAUUUCUUAUCUACUUAAUCUCUACUUAUUAUCUACUUAUAUCUACUUAAUACAUACAUACAUACUACAUCUACUUAAUAUAUACUUUAUAUAUUAAAGUAUUAAAUAUACUUUAUAAACUAUUAGUAUAUACUUAAUACGAUAGUACAUAAUAAUAUCUACUUCUCUACUUAUAUUUCAUAUAUACUUAUUUUCUUAUUCUCCAAUCUCCAAUUCUCCAUUAUACUCUAAUAUUUAAUUCUUAUACGAUUAUUAUAUCUACUUAUAUAUUAAUUAUCUACUUAUAUCCACUUAAUACAUACAUUCUACAUCUACUUAAUAUAUAGUUUAUAUAUUAAAGUAUAAAUUAUAAGUGUAUUACUCAUCUUAUAGUAGUAUACUUAUAUAUUAUAUACUAUAAAC